UGUUCAUGUUUGACAGAGAAAAUUCUGUGUUAAAUCCGCUGGAAGUCAAACUAUAGCUCAGCUCAUUGUCUUAAUAGCUAAAUGUUCGUUAGCUAGCAUGCUUCAAUCUGCUCAGAAACAUCUAUCGUCGUUUUCUUCUCACCAUGACUGAAUUAAGAUGUCGAAAAACAGAAAAUUUAGAGGAGGAGGACGGCGAAGACAAGGCUGAGCUUCCUGAAGAACCAAAUCUGCAGCAAAAAGGUACGAUUGAGCCAGUGGACACCUGCAGUGUGGGGAGGAUGACCAGCAGUGAGGCUGAAGGCAAUCUGCUGAAAAACACAGAAAAGAAACCAGAUGAAGAAAUAAACAAGCAGGAAUGUUCUGUAAAAGGGACCAAGAACCUUUCCUGUUCACACAUCCAGCAUUUUGUGAGGCUGUUCAUUGGCUGCUUGGCAGCGGUGGCUUGUGCGAUGGCAUAUGCCAUGUAUCUCUCAAUAUACCAUGACAGGAAGUUCUGGUUUUCAGCAAGACAGGAGUGUCAGCGUGGAAGUACCUUCCAAGGAGGCAGUGGACUUUAUUAUUAUUACUACAAGUACCUGCUGACGGCACCGUCUUUUCAAAGAGGGAUUUAUUACCUGCUGGUUGAUAAUCAGACUAUUUCAGGUGAAACCAUCAACACAGUGGAGUGUCUGUCGCUGUAUCCAGAGCUCAUCACAAGCUUCCUCUACAGAGUCACAGGCAGCCAGGAUUUUGUGGAGCCAUUCUAUUUCUAUGUUGGAAUGGUGUUCGGCCUCCAGUCUCUCUAUGUCACAGCCCUUUUUGUGUGCAGCUGGGUGAUGAGUGGCACCUGGGUGUCGGGUGUAUUGACUGUGGCCUGGUUUGUUAUCAACAGACCAGAUACAACCAAAAUGGGCAGUGCCAUUCCUCUUCGAGACAACUGGGCUCUGCCUUACUUCUCUUGUCAGGUGGCAGCUUUGACUGGAUUCCUGAGUAACAACAUCAACUCUGCCACUGAGACGCUUUGCUACUUCACCAUGUGUGUCACCACCUUCACCUUCCUCCUCCUAUGGGAGCACAGCCACUACGUGCUCUUUGUCCAAAGCCUCUGCCUUUUCCUGCUGGACUCUUUUGACCUUGUCCCCCACCGCAAGGUAGCCAACACUCAAAAGGUCUACCUCUGCUCCUUGUUCUUGGUCUACUGGUUCCAGUUUCAGAAUCUGACCCUGUUGAGUUCUCCUCUGCUCAGCCUCCUGCUUAGCUCAGUACUCAUCAGAUACUUCCAGAAAAACAUGAAGACAGGACGUAUCGUUGCGAGACUCAUGAAGCUGCUCCUACAUUUCUACAUGGUCUUUACAACAGGGAUCACCUUCAUGUAUUUGGUGAAGAAAUUUAUACCUGCAAGCAAAAUUGACUUCAUGCUGAAGCUCCUUGAAGUAAAAUUUGGGCUAAACACAACAACUGACUUCAUCACCAACUUCCUCCUGUGCCAAGAGAGUUUCCAAACCCCGAGUCAGGAGUUGUUCGUGCGACUGACUCAGACGUCGGUCUUGCCCUUCUACAUGUUGGUGCUUGCUGUCUGCCUGUUGUCCUCAUUCGAGACCAUUUACAGAAGACUCAGUGGUCAGCCAUUGAAAACCAACCAGACUCUUGAAGAUGGGCGAUCAGGAGAGAGGCCUGAGGUCAUUUAUCAUGUGUGUCACACAUUACUCUUUGGAGGAUUGGCUAUGUUUUUUGAUGGGAUGAAGUAUCUUUGGACACCUUACGUCUGCAUGUUAGCAGCGUACGGUGUUUGUUCUCCAGAGCUUUGGAUGACUGUGUUUAAGUGGCUGAAGCUGAAGUCCAUCCAUCCUGUAGUACUGGCCUCCAUAUUGAGCUCAGCGGUUCCUGCCAUCAUUGGGUGUAGUCUGUGGCAAGAGUACUUCCCUCAUAUUUUAGCAGAGUUGUCUGAUCUCCAAGAGAUGUACGACCCAGAUACGUUUCAGUUGCUCAACUGGAUUCGGGCACAACCUCCAGAGGCAGCUGUGUUUGCCGGCAGCCCUCCCCUGAUGGGAUCAGUGAAGAUGUGUUCAGGUGCAACUGUGACCAGUUUGCCGCUUUAUUCAGACGUCAGCCUGUUGAGGAGGAGUGAAGACACUUACCAGGUGUAUGCAAUGAGGUCUCCAGAGGACAUCUAUAAGAUUCUGACCUCUCACAAGACAAACUACGUGAUCAUCGAGGAGUCCAUUUGCAAUGAAUUUAUCAUUAAUAAAGGCUGUAGGAUCAAAGACCUGCUUGACAUUUCAAAUGGACAUGUGUUGUACGACAAAGGAGAGAUGCACUCCUUCUCCAGACACGGAAGAUUCUGCCAGGAGAUAAAGAUGAAUUACUCGCCCUACACAAACUACUUUACAAGAGUUUACUGGAGCCGCUCGUACCACGUCUACAAAGUGAACUCUGUCCUUUCGUUUCAGUACUGACAGCGGCUUCUUUGUCAUGUGCGCGAGGCGCUGCAGGAGUUCAGUGGUGGACAGUCAAACCCUGGGGGUCAAACCUGCACAUAUACUGCGGGUGCAGUUUGUCACGUCCUCAAGUUUAAAUCUACCACGUCAUCAGUAAACUGUGCUCCAGAGUCUGUUUUUUAAAUCCAGUGUUUCUCAAGUAUUUAAAUGAAGCAGAAAUCACACAACCUGCUGGUCAUAAUGUAACGUCACUGGAUUUACUGGUAUCGUCCAGAUACCCACAGUCAUCCUGUAUAAUCUUACUACAUCUUUUUUGCCAUGUUGACAUGGAUGAAACAUGCCUCGAGGUUGAACAGCUUGAGGUCAGUGUCUUGCUGAAGGGCACUUCAGUAGUCACACACACAUAUGUCUGUAUUUGUUUUGGCUGAUAGUUUCUCUCUGGGUCAUCCUGAGAAUCCACAGGAGGCCAACAAGUUGCUGGACAUCACAGCCGGCCUGUUCUCGAGCGCUGUGACUGCUGUGCAGCACGGGGGGCAGUCUCUGUUCUUCCCAGUGGAUUUUGGUGUUCAGCAGGGGAUGUGUUUUGGCUCCUAACACUUUUUUGGGUAGGGUUAGGUGUUGUCAGUGAGAAAAGGUUCGCAGACGAAGCUGUGACGUCUGUGGGAUGGAUGGACGCACUGAUUGCAGCCAUCGAGAAGCUGAGUGAAGGAGAUGGAGUGUCUGGGUGUGUGUCAUGGAUCAGACUCUGUGACUUCUUAAAACUAACCAUCAGUCAAUAUGUGGUGAAUGAGAAUGAACACUGUUUCAGAGGCAAAGGGUCGACAUGCCCACAUACUGGUUGGAUUUGGGUUUUUGUUUGUUUUUCUUUUCAUUUCUAUAUGUGCACUUUGUUUAUUGAUAAAUUAAAAACUGCUCCUGGCA